AUGGCAGGUGAUCCUGCAAAACAUAACCAGAAUCUGUAUUGCGUGUAUCACCAAGAGACGGGUCACGCUACCGAUGAUUGCAGAAAUCUGAAAAAGCACUUAGACUGGCUGGUCCGAGAGGGGAAGUUGCGACACUUGCUGCACCACCCUGUCGGAUGGCAAGAGCAGUCGAACAUCGAAACAAGGCAAAGCACAUUGAGACCACCCGUUGGCACGAAAAAUGUCAUUCUCGCCGCGCUGGGGAGGACCGGCUCCUAUCCUUUCAGAAUAAUGUCGGUAGGCAGACUCCCCUCCGAAGCUGACGACAAGGAGACCAAGAGGGCUAGGGGGAUGGCCACACCCCUAAUCAGAUUCUCGGAUGAGGAUAAACUGGGAACCCUCCAACCCCACGACGAUGCCCUAGUUGUCACGCUCAGGAUCGGUAGAUAUGACGUUAAGAGGGUGUUAGUCGAUCAGGGCAACGUCGUGGAAGUGAUGUAUCCCGACUUGUGCAAGGGGUUGAAGCUAAAACCGGAGGACCUGACAGCAUACGAUUCCCCAUUAGUGAGUUUCGAGGGAAAAACCGUCACUCCAAAAGGCAUGAUUAGGCUGCCUAUACAAACAGACUCGGAUGUGGUGGAGGUGGACUUUAUAGUGGUAGACGCAUACUCCCCCUACACCGCCAUCGUAGCCCGACCGUGGCUCCAUGCCUUAGGGGUUGUGUCAUCAACCUUACACCAAAAGGUGAAGUAUCCAUCGGAAGGUCGAGUGAAAGAAGUAACCAGGCCAUGGCCCGACAAUGCAUGGUGUCAGCAAUCUUGUGACGACCGAGUAUUAAGCCCUCCACCUCAGCCGAGAAUGACUUAUAGUAAUUAA